ACACGGAACCUUUCGAAACGCUUGCAUAUUCACAUUGGAGCCGUUAUUUUCAGGCAGUGACGUCACGAGCAGGUUGUUGCCAAACAAAAAGGAAGCCUCACUUUCACCUGAAUCACGUGGAUUUUUUCCUGUAUAAAACAAAUCUUAACGCGAUGUCUUAAAGAAAAUCUCAAACAGUCUACAGGUGAAUGCCAAUCGUCAUCCCACCAGCGCAGGCAAUGCCUGCAAGCGGCACUGUCGUGACGUCAUCAUUCCACCACCGUCAGGUGCUCGUCGAACGACGGUCGAGUGGCAUGGCAGCAGCGUCCCCACCAUCUCCUCCCACCCCCGCGCCAGGACCCUCUCCCCCCGAGCCGGCGGCGCAGAAGUCGGUGUUAGAACAAAUGUUUGAACGGAAACUUGUGGAGGGGGAUUUCUGGUAUGUGGUGGUAGCGGAGUGGCUGGAGCAUCUCAAACGAUACGUGGGGCUCUCCAGCACGAGGAAAUACUACCCCAAGCGCGUUACCUCACCCCCCGGGCCGAUCGUCACGCGACGGGACUACGCACAUACUGCCGACGUAGUACACGAAGACGUGUGGAGGAUGCUGAUUCAGUGGUACGGGCUAUCGGAGGGCCACAAGCCGAUGAAGUUAGUCGUGUAUCACUACUCAAGGGCAGCUGAAAUAGAACACAAUCAGAAUUCCUUCAAAGUGAUGCUGUCGAAUUCUCCUCCUGAAGAUUUCCAUAACGUGAGGUUCAGCAAGAUGGAGAAGGUCGGUCACGUGGAGUGGAAGAUACGGGAGUUAUAUCACAUCCCCCAGGAGAAGACGACCCGAAUGUGGGCUAAGGCGGAUGUAGACAGUGACUGGCGGACAGUCUUCUACAGAGACAAGACAAUAGGUCGAAGUCUUGACAUUGACUCAGAUUUCACUCGACCGAUUGUAGCUCUGGAGGUGUCGGACCCAGACGGGAUAUGGAAAACAAACCCCGAGAACACGGAGUCCUGCCAGGACAGUCCCAUCGGCCCCCUCGUCGAUCACGACAUCUUCGAAGACGUGACGAGCACGUGGGAGAUCGACAUCCACGACCAGAUCGACCACAUUGGGAAGUCCUUUCUGGAGAAGUUACACUCAAGCUACAACGUUUUCGUCCAGCGCGCCAAGGACUACGUGGAUGAACGUGAGAGUCGACUGCGACAUCGUGAACGUGACAUGAGUACGCGCGAGAGGAACACUGACAUGAUGUCUAUCCGUCUAGAGGACCGUGAGAGGCGUCUCCAUGCCGAGCUCGUCACGUGUGAAGAGAAGAUUAGAGAGUACGAACGGCGCAGGCUUGACCUUGAACGGGACUUCCGGGACAGAAUGGAAGAAGCGGAAGUGGGUGUUAGGAAGAAACAAGAUGAAAUGGACCGAGAGAGAGAACAGAUGGCAGCUGACAGAACCAGGUUCGAAUCAGAAAUCAAGAGGAUGUCAGAGAUGUACAAGAUCCAGGACAGUCGAAUCAAGCUGGACAUCGGCGGCCAUCUGUUCACGACGUCGUUGUUGACGCUCACGAAGGACCCCGACUCCAUGUUGGCGGCCAUGUUUAGUGGGAGACACGAGCUGAAGCGAGAGUUGGACGGGAGUUUCUUCAUAGACCGAGACGGUACCCACUUCCGGUAUAUCCUGAAUUACCUUAGAGACGGUUGUAUCAAGGAAGGUAUCCUUCCGCAGAACGAAAACCUGUGGCGGGAGCUUCUUACAGAAGCGGAGUACUACCAGUUGAGUGGUUUGGUCGACUAUCUUAGUUCCCUCCUCUACGGCAAAACGUACACAAAAGAUGGCGAUACUUUCGUUUGAUGCUUUUUUGCAGUGUUUUAAAUAAUGACUUCGUGCACAAGGGACGUCUGAUGACGAAGAGCAGACAUGCGUGUGGUGUACCUACUUCAGGAUAUCACAGGAGACUCAACACCAUAUACUGGGCUCCUGUCCUGCCUCGUGUAACACGUACAGGCGACAGCAAGAUCUGCGAUAUAGAUCCAUACCACGUCAAACAAGUAUGGGAACACCCACUAUUUCCAUCAUAUCUCAGUGACUACAAUGAUAACAAGAACACAUUGGGUAAUUUCAGAUAUUGUGGUAUUUAAUGGACCAGACACCAGUAAACAAAUUAAAUAAUAGCCGUAUGUUGAACGGAAAGAAUCAUCUUCCCGAGGCAAGGGAGUUAACUGUCUGUAAUAAUCCAGUUUCCACCCUUGCCGAACUAGGCUGGAAUUCCUAGGCUCGGUCGUAGCGCCACCAGUGGUUAUUACGAGUUAUGUCCCUUCUAUGCCUCUCCUAUUGACCAAUCAGAUUGCAUCUUUCGUUUCACUUGCAUCUGUUUCAAACAAAAUGGCGGCGCCCAGGCAAGACAAUCUGAUCGAAAAUCCAGAUCUAUAUUGUGAUAAAACAUGUCUUUACAUCGCGAAGUGCAUCAAAUCACGCGAGCAACUUGAUUAAUAACA